UGCCUCCACGUGGUCACUGAUCGGAUAGCAGCAGAGCAGGCCCUCCUUGGCUUUGCCUUCCGUCUCUCUCCUCCUCCUCCUCCUCCCGCCCCCGAUGACGGUUCUCAUUGCAUCGUCCCGAUCCCCGCAGCCAUGGUCGCUCCCAAGCUCUUCUUCCCCUUCAUCCAGAUCUCAAACCUCGGGAAUGGCCCUCUUCCGCUCUCUCUUCUCUCUGAAACCUGUUCAUCAUCCUCCCAUUCCCGGACAUGCUAACACUGGUAUCACAAUCAAGGGCCGCGUCGCUGGCCCCGUCGUCUACUCAUUAUUCCCCAAGUCCUCCGCUCUGGUGUCGUCCGUGGAUGAUCUCUUUGACUUCAUUUGUUCUGGCCCUUUGCUUGAACAACUGGGCUACACUCCUGAGAUUGUUGCUGACUCCCUCGACAAGUGGCUGGCGUGCGGUGUCCACCUCUGUAACUUGUUUCAAUUGAACGAGCUCCGCCUCACUGCUCCGCAGAAGAUGAGGCUCUACCAUUACUAUAUUCCUGUUUUUGUCUGGUGUGAAGACCAGAUUUCGCGCCAUUGUUCCCAAUUCGCUGAUGGAGAUGAGGUUCCGCCUCCUCUCGUGAUUGGUAUUAGUGCUCCUCAAGGUAGUGGGAAAACAACUCUGGUGUUUGCCCUUGAUUAUCUUUUCAGACGAUCUGGAAGGAAUUCUGCAACAUUGUCGAUAGAUGAUUUUUAUUUGACAGCAGAGGAUCAGGCUAAGUUAAGGAACCAACACCCUGGAAAUGCUCUUUUGGAGUUCCGUGGGAAUGCCGGAAGCCAUGAUCUGCCAUUUUCAGUUAGUACGCUUACUGGUUUAAAGAAGUUGACAAAGGAAGGUAUGAAGAUGAAGCUUCCACGUUAUGAUAAGUCUGCAUAUGGUGGAAGAGGUGACAGAUCUGAUCCUUCCACGUGGCCAGAAGUUAAAGGGCCUCUAACAGUUAUAUUGUUUGAAGGCUGGAUGCUUGGGUUCAAACCUCUUCCAAAUGAAGUUGUCAAAGCUGUAGACCCACAGCUGGAAAUCGUCAACAAGAAUCUGGAAGCUUAUUAUGAUGCAUGGGACAAGUUCAUUGAAGCAUGGAUAAUUAUCAAGAUAAGGGAACCAACUUGUGUAUACCAAUGGCGAUUGCAGGCUGAGAUAGCUAUGAGGAAAGAUGGGAAACCAGGCAUGUCUAACGAGGAGGUUUUAGAUUUUGUGUCUCGAUACUUGCCAGCAUACAAAGCUUACCUUCCAACACUCUACUCUGAGGGCCCGAGGGGAUUGAACCCAGAUCGCCUUCUUGUUGUUGACAUCGACGAUGAGAGGAAUCCCAUCUUGGCCAGCUGAGUUCUUCACAAGCCUCUUCAAGCUUUCCUUUUUUAAAUUUUUUUUUCUGGGAUCAAUGUAAAAAACCGUUCUUGUAUGUAUAUUCGAUGUACGGCUGAUUCAUAAGGAGAGAAAUUGUUCAUUCUACUUGACGACUAGCUGCUUAUAAGAUCACAGAGUUAAUGUAUACAUGGGUUCCUUCUCUUGUUUA